AUGGGGAGAGGUAAGAUUGAGAUCAAGAGGAUAGAGAACUCAAGCAACAGGCAUGUCACCUAUUCUAAGAGAAGAAAUGGGAUCAUGAAGAAGGUUAAGGAGAUCAGUGUUCUCUGUGAUGCUCAUGUCUCUCUUGUUAUAUUUGCAAGUUCUGGAAAGAUGCAUGAGUAUUGCAGCCCUUCUACCACGUUGAUCAAAAUAUUAGAACAAUACCAGAAGGCGUCUGGGAAGAAGCUGUGGGAUGCUAUGCACGAGAAUCUCAGCAGUGAAAUUGAUAGAAUCAAGAAAGAGAACGACAACAUGCAGAUUGAACUAAGGCACUUGAAGGGGGAAGACAUCACCUCUUUGCAAUACAAAGAGCUCAUAGCCAUAGAGGAAGCACUUGAAAUAGGGCUUUCUAAUAUUCGCAACAAACAGGAACAAAUUCUGGAGGAGGAGAAUCAGGAGCUGAUGAAUGUCUUGCAACAACAGGAGUUAGCAGCCAUGGAUGGUGUCGUGAGAGAGGGUCAAAGUGGAUACCAUCAAAGACAACAACAGGAGUUAGCAGCCAUGGAUGGUGUCGUGAGAGAGGGUCAAAGUGGAUACCAUCAAAGAGUGAGAGAAUACCAGCCUCAUAUGCCUUUCGCCUUCCGCGUCCAGCCGAUUCAGCCCAACUUGCAGGAUAGGAUUUAG